GUUUGGAGCGCCAGAGGCGGCAGCAGGUGGCGUGGCAGGCGCAGCGUGCCAUGGGGCUCCCAGCGCUGCUGGCCAGUGCGCUCUGCACUUUCGUGCUGCCGCUGCUGCUUUUCCUGGCUGCAGUCAAACUGUGGGACUUAUACUGUACGAGCAGCCGCGACCGCAGCUGCGCUCUUCCCUUACCCCCCGGGACUAUGGGUUUCCCUUUCUUUGGGGAAACAUUGCAGAUGGUGCUGCAGCGGAGGAAGUUCCUGCUGAUGAAGCGCAGGAAAUACGGCUUCAUUUACAAGACACAUCUGUUUGGGCGGCCCACGGUGAGGGUGAUGGGUGCAGACAAUGUACGUCGCAUCUUACUUGGAGAGCAUCGGCUCGUGUCGGUCCACUGGCCUGCGUCCGUGCGAACCAUCCUGGGCUCUGGCUGCCUCUCCAACCUACACGAUUCGUCACACAAGCAGCGCAAGAAGGUGAUUAUGCGGGCCUUCAGCCGCGAGGCGCUCCAGUGCUACGUGCCAGUGAUCACUGAAGAAGUGAACAGUUGCUUGGAGCAAUGGCUGAGUUGCGGCGAGCGUGGCCUCCUGGUCUACCCUGAAGUGAAGCGCCUCAUGUUCCGCAUCGCCAUGCGGAUCCUGCUAGGCUGUGAACCUCGGCCCGCAGGUGGCGAGGAGGACGAGCAGCAGCUAGUGGAGGCCUUUGAGGAGAUGACCCGCAAUCUUUUCUCGCUGCCCAUCGACGUGCCUUUCAGUGGGCUAUACCGGGGCGUAAAGGCGCGGAAUCUCAUUCACGCGCGCAUCGAGGAGAACAUUCGCGCCAAGAUCUGCAGGUUGCGGGCUGGGGAGACAGGAGGCAUUUGCAAAGACGCUCUGCAGCUGUUGAUUGAGCACUCUUGGGACAGAGGAGAGCGGCUGGACAUGCAGGCGCUGAAGCAAUCCUCAACCGAACUUCUUUUUGGAGGACAUGAAACUACAGCCAGUGCAGCCACAUCUCUGAUCACUUACCUGGGGCUCUACCCACAUGUUCUCCAGAAGGUUCGAGCGGAGCUGAAGAGUAAGGGCUUACUUUGCAAGAGCAAUCAGGACAACAAGUUGGACAUGGAAAUUUUGGAGCAACUGAAAUACAUUGGGUGUGUUAUUAAGGAGACCCUCCGCCUGAACCCCCCAGUUCCAGGAGGGUUUCGAGUUGCUCUAAAGACUUUUGAAUUAAAUGGAUACCAAAUUCCCAAGGGCUGGAAUGUUAUCUACAGUAUUUGUGAUACUCAUGAUGUAGCAGACAUCUUCACUAACAAGGAGGAAUUUAAUCCUGAUCGAUUUAUGCCACCUCACCCAGAGGAUGCAUCCAGGUUCAGCUUCAUUCCAUUUGGAGGAGGCCUUAGGAGCUGUGUAGGCAAAGAGUUCGCAAAAAUUCUUCUCAAAAUAUUUACAGUAGACCUGGCCAGGCAUUGUGACUGGCAGCUUCUAAAUGGACCUCCUACAAUGAAAACCAGCCCCACUGUGUAUCCUGUGGACAAUCUCCCUACAAGGUUCAUCCGUUUCCAAGGAGAAAUCUGAUGGGCAUGAAUGAGUUUUUAUAUAGUGUCAUAUUGACUUAUUAUAUUUAAUUCCUAAAUGUAUAUUAUAUUUAUGUGUCUCUACUAUAGUAAAGGUUAAAAUAAUUAAUUUGUAUAAUUGCAAAUAAAGUAAAAUUUGAAAGUUC